CGUAAGCAGUGCCACAUCAGCAGUGCCACGUCAGACACAGUGCCACGUCAGACAAAGUGCCACGUCAGCAGUGCCACGUCAGCAACAUGACGGGCCUGCCAGGGCAACUGCCCAACGAGUCCCUUGCAGCCUACAAGCAGCGGUUCCAGGCUCAGAUCGAGGCUGAGGAACAACGCCAGCUGGCAGCCGAGGCUGCCCGCGUACAGGCUGAAGAGGCAGCAGCAGCAGAACAACUGCAGCUACAGGCCAAUGCACACGCAGAUUCCCAGGCUCGCCGCAAGGAAGCCGAGGAUCUGCUGCAGCGGCAUGAAGCCAACAGCAUCGACAGACUCAAGUUCUGGCACUUCGAACCGAACGGCGACGAGGCAACAACGGAAGAGAAGCACAAGGAGUUCCUCUCCAAACUCGUGACGCGGUUGUUGUAUGCUUGCAAUUACCAACGGUCAGAGUUGGAGAGACAGUACCAGGACCUGACGCAACAGCAUCAGGAGUUGACACAGCUCCGCCGCAUGGUGCAGAGCCACGAGGAUGCAACUCGGGCACUCAAUGCCCGAUUGUUGGACCUGGAACAGGCUGUACUAGGACCAGCUGCUGGGGCUUCCAGCAGUGCACCCUCUAGCCCCCAACUGGAGGACCGCGUUGACCACGUAGUGGCAAUGCUCGGCGACAUCAGCACUUUCGCUGCGCCAACCACCACCAUCAGCAGUCAGCUGCAUACAUUGAAGACCGAGCAGGAGCUGGAGUACUUGGGACACUAUGUGACGCCGCAAGGCAUCCGUCCGCUUGCGGACAAGAUCGAGGCCCUACGAGUAUGGCCCGAGCCCACCAACACCACGGACGUUCGUUCAUUCAUGGGAUUGGUGGGCUACUAUCAGCGAUUCAUCACCGGAUACUCCARGAUUGCUGCACCUAUGACGAGGUUACAGUCGCCAAAGGUGCCAUUCGURUUCGAUGACGACGCAMKCCRGUCAUUCCAAGCACUUAAGACGGCUAUGCUCAUGGCACCCGUCCUUAGCAUCUAUGACCCCACCCUGCCGACGCGAGUGACUACGGACGCUUCCGGCUAUGGCAUUGGGGCAGUCUUGGAACARCACGACGGCGACGACUGGCACCCUGUGGAGUAUUUCAGCCACAAAGUGCCUCCCAUCAACUCGCUUGAUGAUGCAAGGAAGAAGGAGCUGCUCGCAUUCGUGAUGGCUCUCAAGCGCUGGCGGCACUUCAUCCUUUGGCGUCAUAGGUUCACAUGGGUCACAUACAACAAUCCAUUGACCUACUACAAGACGCAGGACACGGAGUCCGGCACAACAAUGAAACCAAGUUCGGCUCGACAYCCUSWGACAGACGGGCAGACGGAGYGRGCAYAUCARACCGCUCAAAUGAUGCUUCGUACGCUCAUCCGUCCGGACCAGAAAGAUUGGGUUGACCGCCUYCCCGACAUCGAGUUCGCCUACAACACUUCGAUGCAUCCGGCGAUCGGCGUGACUCCAUUCGAGUUGCACCACGGUGGACGGAAAGGCCGGAUCUUCGUAGACCUUCUCCUCCCUCGACUAGCCGACAUUGACGCUGCCUGCUCUCCCGCUUCCGUUCGGAAGUACAGGGAAUUGCUGACUCGAGCCCGCGCAAAUAUGCAAAAGGCUCAAGUCCGCAUGCAGCAGCAAGCCAACAGGCGUCGCGUACCAUGUCCCAUCCGCGCCGGCGACCUGGUUUGGGUUUCCGCGGAGGAGUUUGCACUGGAACAGGACGUUUCACGCAAACUGCUUCCCAAGUGGUUUGGACCUUGGUCUGUGACAGCAGCCGCGGGCGAUGAGCCCGAUGGCCCUUCAUUUGUGAUCAACAUUCUAGAGCAUCUGACGGUCCAUCCGGUCUUCCACGCCUCGAAGCUGGCAACAUACACGCCAGCCAAGAGCGACGACUUUCCGGACCGACGAUCGCAGGACCCUCCUUCUAUGGAUGGCCAUCAGGAAGUUGACCGCGUCAUCUCCGAUUGCAAGUACGGCAGCAAGCCGCGGCAGUACAAAGUCACAUUCAAAGCAUGCWAUCGYGACGACACUCGRUGGAUUUCAGGCGCAGAUUUGAAAGCAUCCGCACCGCUGAUCUACGYGCAUUAKGAAAAGCRSAGGUUARCUCRRGAAGCUUCAYGACCAGCCCCUCCCACCCGGACUGUGGUCCCUCYCUCAGACAGACAGCUUCGCCCUCGCAGAUCUCUGUACUUCCGUGUAGAAGCGGGGGAGCAAGCGACGUCGAUAUCGGCAGCCCGUGGAAGCAAAAUGUCUGCGAAGAUGCGGCCUUUCCGUCCACCGUGAUGCAACUCAAAUGGAGUCACGCCGAUCGCUGGGUGCUCCGAAGUGUUGUAGGUGAACUCGAUGUCGGGAAGGCGUUCAACCGA